UUUAAUUUUAGAUUAUUAAAACUUUUUAAUUAAUUAUCUAAAUUUUAAAAUUAACAAUGAGCAACAAAACUGGAGAGAUAGAUCCUAUACAAGAAGAACUAGCAGGUCGUGUACGAGAAGUUGGAAAUCAUGCAAUUUGGAGUUUAUCUAGUUGUAAACCUGGUUUUGGUGUAGAUCAAUUGCGCGAUGAUAUCACGGAAACUUAUUGGCAGUCUGAUGGACAACUUCCACAUUUGGUAAACAUUCAAUUCAAAAGAAAAACAACAAUUCGUGAUAUAUGUAUAUAUACAGAUUAUAAGCUAGAUGAAAGUUAUACUCCUAGUAGAAUAAGCAUCAGAGCAGGCACAAACUUUAAUGAUCUUCAAGAAAUAGAAGUCAUGGAUCUGAAUGAACCAAGUGGCUGGGUUAUUAUUCCUAUAAAAGAUAUAAAUGACAGACCUAUUAGGACAUUUAUGAUACAAAUAGCUGUAAUAAGCAACCACCAAAAUGGGCGGGAUACACAUAUGAGGCAAAUUAAAGUUUAUAGUCCAACACAAGAUAUUCUUGGACCACCUGCUUCCUAUAUUGCAGGUCAAUUUCUUACAAAUGAAUUUUUGCGUUAUGCUACAGUUAGAUAAAAAAAUAAUACUAUUAAUUUCUUACUAUUACAAAUUUGAUUUUUAAUUAUCAUCUCAUAUAUUGUUAUUUUAUUUCUUGAAUAUUAAUAAAAUAUUCAUUAAAAAUUAGAUGAAUAAAAAUCUAUAUAAAAUUAUAUAUUAUAUAUUUGUACAUGUAUUUAAAUUCAAAUUAAUUCUAUUAUGAAGAAUGAAAAAAAUAUAAACAUA